CUCAAGAAGCCUGUGGAUUCGCAAGCUUACCAGCUAGCCUUGUGUGAAAUUCCUUCGGCCGGACACGCACCCGCAAUAAACGUUCUCGAAUGUUCGUUCCGUGGCCACCGUCAACCAUGGAGUCCCCCGUCACCGAGGACUGUUUCACGCUCAACGACACGGCCAUAGUGACCGACUGCGAUGGCCUGGGUGCCAACGCCAGUUGGCGCACGCCCUCACCGGAAGGGGUGCCGUCCUGGAACCAGACGUCUCUGCAGUUGCCUCCCGAUCACGUCUACUUCGAGUACCCCGAAGAGAUGCUGGUGCCGUGGGUGAUGAACGAGUACUUCUUCUUCAUCGUGGUGACGUACUUGGUGACUUUCGCCAUCGGCGUGAGCGGCAACUUGGUGGUGAUAUCCGUGAUGGCAGGCGACAAGUCCUCGAGGAACGUCACCAGCGUCUUCCUCGUAAGCCUGGCCGUGUCCGACCUGCUCCUGCUGACCAUAUGCGCACCGCUGGACGUGGCUCACUACUUCGUGGUGCGGUGGGACGCCAGCGGCACGGUCUGCAAACUGGCCGCUUACGCCGAGACGGUGUCCGCUUUCGCUUCGGUGCUCAACAUGGUUGCCGUUACGCUCGAAAGGUUCGUGGUGAUCGUGUUCCCCAUUCACUCGCGCACGGUGUGCACCAUGAGCAACUGCAAAAGGCUGAUGUGGGGCGUCUGGCUCGUGUCCCUUGUUGUGGCCCUGCCGAUGCUCUUCGUAAAGAACGUGAUUCAGACAACGUUCACGAACCUGAGGGUGAACGUGACCAUCUACAGUUGCAAGGACGAACACGACUGGCAGGGCCAGUCAGUGUCCUGGUACCGUCUCGUCACGCUGUUCGCUCUUCCGUCGGUGGUCAUGAUCGUCUGCUAUUCGUGGGUCAUCCUCGAACUCUGGGUCAGCACCAAGACCAUGGACCAGCUCACUCAGUCCGCAAAGUUCAGCUACCAAUGUCAGGCACCCACGACGCCCAGACUGGGCUCUCUCCCCAGUCCAGCUCCCCAGCAGCCGAACUGCAGGCUCAUCCUACGGGGCCAUGCCAACUCUGACAUAAGGGACGUCAAGAGAGCACGCCAGCAGGUCAUCAAGAUGCUGAUACUUGUGGUGAUCCUCUUCCUGCUCUGUUGGGGUCCCCGGCUCGUCAUGGAGAUCGUCAUCAAGUGCUGCCUCAACGUGUUCAACCACGGCGUGUACGCUGUGCGCGUUCUCUUCUACCUGCUGCCGUUCGUGCACAGCUGCCUGAACCCGAUCGUCUAUUGCUUCAUGUCCAGCAAGUUCCGCCGCCGCAUGGUGCGCUGCUGCCACCGCACCUGCUUCGAGCCGCGCUGCCGCGUCAAGUCGGCCACCACGAACAACCGCUGCUCGUCCCGUAACGGCACGACGCGACUCGGCUCGACGUACACCUUCACGUCGUACGCCACGUCGACGGUGGCCAUACCGUCCUCGAUGACGCAGCUACCGGGCGACUCGCUCGCCUUGUGACAAUCGCCGUGCCCGCCGCUGCACCAGCGCGGCGCCGUUCAGCUGCACGCCGUCAAGGGAGCCAAGAAGAAGAGUGCCAAGCAGCACAAUCGAUGCAGGGACACCUCCAUUGAGGACUUUCUGUGAGCGCACAAACAGAGGGACCUUUAAUGUUCUCUCGGAAAUAUAACACACUCAGAUGGAGAUAUAUAACACACUCAUAUAAGAAAUGAGAAAUAUAACACACUCAUAAUCAUAGAAGGACGAGUAACCGUUCCGUGACAGCGAAGAACGCUGGACAUUGAAUCACAAGUGUCAACAUGCGAGACCAUAGGUCUCAACUGAAGACUGAGAGUUCAAGGAGGUUCACCAGAUGCUCGUCAACGAGGCUCAUCGCUGAUUUCAACAGUGUUGUUGUAACGCGGCCAAUUAGCGACGUUGAAGUGCGUUCAGCGUACAUUGGAUGUAUGUAAACGGGCAUUCUUCAAGGGGUAGAUGUGUGUAAAGAGGCACCCUUUAGGGUCGAAUCCAAAUGCAUGUCAGAAUGAGGAAAUACGUUCGGCAGUGCCAUCCCAGUUGAGUUUGUAGCAGCGAGCAGAUAGUUUUCCAAACACGCUUCUGUUGUGUGUGUCAUCUCAUGAACCUGAUGAAGUGAACAUUUUUGUAAAAUGAAAUGUUUACUGACGGUCAUGCCGCUAUCAGCUUUGUUUCCUCGCAAGCUUAUGGUUGUGCACGCCUUAGCUUAUUCAUAACAUCAACGCGGCUGCAGCUUCUAUUCGUGGGCGUGUAUGUUGUGGUGCCAACUUUUGGAAAAAGUUCCAAGAGGGCAAGCAAUCUUUCGCUCCACUCUGACGUUACAUUUCCAUUUCUGACGACCUUCAUUUCUUCGUGUGUACUGCGGCUCUAGCGGACUAUUUCCGCCAUCCUAAUGGUCACUUACGAACAAUAUGGUCGAGGACAUGGCUUUUAAUAAUCAACCACGAAUGUGAAGCAAAUAUUCAUUUUGGGUCAAUUGGAAAAGAUGUACAUAGUUUUGUCUGGUGUCUUGCUUCAAAUAAGAUUUGAAAUCUGUCCACUAUACGUCGAUUGUCGCAGUAAAUAUAUUUGCAGCUACUGAUUUUGUAUUAUGCCCCCUUAAGGCGAGGCUACUGCCCGUUGUGAUGUUUUCGAGUGUUGCAGGCGCCUUUGAGGGGAAUUGCCUCUCUUCACAAAUCUGAAGAGAAGACCCCACAUGAGAGAGAAUCUCACCGAACCCAGUUCAGGAUUAAAAAUGUUGGUCUGAACGUACCGAUCCUGUUAUGGUUGUUGCGUUUUUGUGUGUACCAUGUGAAGUCUAUUUGUGGCCCGCGUCUAAACCUGAGUUGCCCAUCCCAGUGAAAUAAUGGAGACGUUUUUAUAUAUGAUCAUGUCCAGUUUAGGAGUUUUUUUUAAAUUGCUCUAUACCAGUUAGCGUCGUUUUCUCACAUCGUUCAUACCUGACUAUGCCAGCAUUCUUUUCAGCCACAUGGAUCCGAGUGCCAUGGAUUUGGUUCCACAUUUGAUGUAGGCAUAAAGACCUUGGACUUGUUCAACUCCAGACGUGUUCUUCCUCGCUUGUUUAAGAUUAUGUCAAGAACAGGGUGAACGCCGUGAUUACUAGUGCUCUGUGUGGCUUUGUGAUGAGAACGUUGGUGUUGGCAUACGUCAUUUUUUGUAAGGCUUGAAGAGGACACUGUUCUAGCCUUGAAGUCUUCGUGUCAAACACUUGUUAUUCGUGUCUAACUGUUGUGUUUUCCAGGAAUCCCGUGAUGCUGUUACACUCCUGAUGAUAAACGUUGCUCUAUUUGAGGGUUACUUAGAACUUUUUCAUAUCACAUACCCCGCCCAUUCUCGCAGUGCUGGUUCUUCAUGCAUAGCAUUCUGAAACAAUGCCGGGUGGUGCAAUGUACGUAACAUUUUCACUGGUGCUUGUAUUCCCGGUGCCCUUGUUGUUAUAGUGUAAAGCUGUUAAUGAAAUGUUGUCAUUAUUUGUGAAUUUCGUCGCAAACUGCCCGUUGAUAAAAACAGAUAACAAGAAAGUUGAAUUGUGCGCUGUAAAUGCUAUUUUUUUCGCACCUAGUCCCUCCUUCGUAGAAUAUAUCUCUAACCGAGUUUAUGGCAGAAUUCUUGUGCUUCAAGAGGUGGAACCAAACAAAGGGAUGUUAAAGGGCUCCGAAACCACUCCGAGUACAAAGACGAGAGUGUCGUUUCUUUCACGCCUCCACUACCCAUCCUACAGGCGCUAUCUCCUCCUACAGACUUAUUUCUUCAGAAAACCCGUUGACAACGUCAGCGCUAAGCGUAGAGCAUAUCAGAAUUUCGCGCUUUUCGGCUAGAGGCUGUUAUCUCCACUUGCGCAGUCUAAAAAGCACAAAACGAAGGGAAAUCAAUUAAUCACGCUCGAUUUUUGAGCGAGGCAAAGCUGAACGGGCGUGUAAUUGCAUAAGAAAGCAGAUAAUAAUAAUAUCUAGGGUUUAACGUCUCAAAACCACGAGUUUAUUAUGAGAGACGCCGUAGUGAAGGGCUCCGAAAAUUUCCACCACCUGGGGUUCUUUAACGUGCGCGUAAAUCUAAGUACACGGGCCUCAAUAUUUUCGCCUCCAUCGAUCCCGCGACCUUCGGGUCAGCAAUCGAGCGCCAUAACCACUAGACCACCGUGGCGGGGCAUAGCAAAGCAGGGUAGGAAAGAAUUCAUAACUGAUGCCCCUCGUGUAUGGACCAAUCGAGAGCUUACUUCCUCAUGACGUCCCGUGAACAAACUGCUGGUUUCACGAAUAGCGCCAAAAAGGCAGGAAACGCCAGGACGAGAUUGACACGCUCGUCCUUUGUAUCUUCACAGGUUGUUUAGGGGCCCUUUAAAGAGUAACGAGAAAGAAAACCAGUGCUGUAUAAGUUCCACAGCGAACCUGGUUGCACGGCAGUGAUGAACAAUUGCGGACAUGUGACGUGUUUUAUGUUGUUACGUACUUGUGAUAGUCUUCUACUCCUGCCUCUUCUCUGAGCUCGAUGAGCGUCAAUAAACGAGCACCGC